CUGUUUCAAACGUCGCAUUUUGCAUGUGUCGAAUACAAUUGUUUGAAUUAUCUGCAUGCGAGAUGCGACGUAUGAAACAAUUGAAUUCGCCGUUUUUAAUUGCGGUCGACCGUGAUGCUAAAUUCGACUGUUCCGGUCGCAUUAUGCGAGCUCGAUGCGACGUGGUUUCAUAGGUCGCAUUUUGCAUGUGUCGAAUUUAAUUCGCUUGAAGAAAAAGACGAAGAACGUCAUGUUAUAUUAUUGAAAGAAUUUCCCGCGUUUUUUCGUCCAUGUGGUAUAUGCAAAUAUGGAGGACAAAGACAAAGGAAAUAUUGAACCAAAACAGUCGACGACGUAUUGUAUUUCAUGUGGAAAGCUAACAAACUACAUUUGCCUGCAGUGUUCUGCGUCUGUUUGUAAUCGCUGCGCGAUACAUGAACCAGACGACGAAUGCCAAGGCUGGCUUGCUGGGAAAGCAGUUGGAUAUUGUAUCAAUUGCAAUAUUUUUGGGCAAGAGUAUGAAGAAAAAUUAGAAAAUAACAAGAAAAGUGAGCAAACAAAUGCCGGUGAUAGUUCUACAAUCCCACAGAAUGAGGAUGAUGGUGAAGAAAAUUGCACAAGAUUUAUUGGUACCAAGAGAAAAAAAGGAAAGGCUGGAAGAAAAGCAGUGUGGAGUACUGAUGCUGUGGAUGACUUAGUGGAUAUCAUUACAUCUGAUGACUACAAUAAACAAAAGUUGAUAUUUACUAACACAAAAAUCAAAAUAAUGGCAUUAUUUAUGAAAAGCUGCCAUGAAAAUAAAACUGCCACUGGAAUCCAACGCUUCCAAGAUGAAAAAGGAUUUGGAAAAUGGUUUGACUUGCUUUUUCCACUUGUGAAAACACGUGACUCAUGUCAACCCGGUAUGGCAGUUGAACCUUCUGCACUUAAUGAUCUUAGUGAAGAGGAAGAGAUUGCAAAAACCUUUGAUGACUUUGUUCCUCAAAAGAAAAUAAAGCUCCCAAAGAAAAAUCAAGUAACUGAAGCUGUUGAAUUGCUUAAGCAAAUUGGUUGA